UUCGGCAGUGUCAAAAAGACGGCAGGUGCAUCUUUCUAAAGCUUCAUGAAAUCAGUAUCAAUUUUUUGAAGGGUGGGGAUAAAGAGUUGCUCAAAACAGCGUUUUCCUUUAAAGAAAUUAAUGAUCGGUGCACGUGCUUUAUUGCCUAUUAAUAGCGCUGCAAAAGUAAAAAUCGUGUUGGAUCAAGAGCUUUUAUAUGCAAACAAAUUGAGGAAUAUCAAACAAGAUUUGAAGAAAAUAUCACUGUAAAAUAUCUAUGUUAUCCAUGAUCAUCAUGCCAGCUUCCAAGUCUGGAACUAGCUGCGAUUACUGGAUAGAUGGAUCCCACAGGGAGAUAGCCUUUGAAGAUUACUACACUGUGGCACAGGAAUUAGGAAGGGGUGCAACAUCCGUCGUGUACAGAUGCCAAGAAAAGCAAACCCAAAAACAAUAUGCAGCAAAGGUCCUGCAGAAAACUAUCGAUAAGAAGAUUGCAAGAACUGAAAUUGGUGUUUUGCUACGGCUGUCUCAUCCGAAUAUUAUUAAACUAAAAGAAAUCUUUGAGACUCCCACAGAGAUCAUCCUGAUUCUGGAGCUAGUGACUGGUGGGGAGCUUUUUGACAGGAUAGUGGAGAAAGGAUAUUACAGUGAGCGGGAUGCAGCUCAUGCUGUGAAACAGAUUCUGGAAGCUGUUGAGUACUUACAUGAAAAUGGGGUGGUCCAUCGAGACCUUAAACCUGAAAACUUACUGUAUGCAGACCUCUCGUCAGCUGCACCACUGAAAAUUGCUGACUUUGGUCUGUCCAAAAUUGUGAAUGAACAGGUUGCCAUGAAGACAGUAUGUGGGACUCCAGGUUAUUGUGCACCUGAGAUUCUGCGUGGUUGUACCUAUGGGCCUGAGGUGGAUAUGUGGUCUGUCGGAGUCAUUACCUACAUCUUACUCUGUGGAUUUGAACCAUUUUUUGACGCCCGCGGUGACCAGUAUAUGUACAGCAGGAUCUUGAACUGUGACUAUGAGUUUGUCUCCCCCUGGUGGGAUGAUGUGUCCCUAAAUGCAAAAGAUUUGGUAAGAAAACUGAUAGUUCAAGAUCCACAGAAGCGCCUGACUGUUCAACAGGCCCUCCAACACCCCUGGGUGACUGGAAAGGCAGCCAAUAUUGCUCACAUGGACAAUGCACAGAAGAAAAUGCAAGAAUUUAAUGCAAGGCGCAAGCUUAAGGCAGCUGUCAAGGCUGUUGUAGCCUCAAGCCGACUAGGAAAUGCAAGCAACCAUAGCCAUAACAAUCACGAGAGCACCAAAGGAAGACACAAUUCCAGUUCUGUUCAAGAUCAAAGUCCUGAAAAGGAAAAUGGGCAAAAUUUAUAGCAAGGCUCUCGGCGUUCCUUCCAUGGACUGUCUCCCUCGCUGGAAGUUAUGGAAAGAAUACUGGCAAGGUUCACUAGAGCAGUACUCUGAAUCAAUAGCAAUGGCGUAUUUUGCAAAAAAAAUCUGUAAAAAGUGUUCUGCAUCUUCCUCUAGUAGAGGGGUUUCUAACCUUUUUUUAUGCCAUGGACUCUUACCAUUAACUGAGGGGUUCGUGGACCCCAGGUUAGGAACCCCUGCUCUAGUAGAAUGAAUAUGGCAGAUUUUCAAAUCAUGAGUGAAGAUGCGUAUAUAUUUAUAGUAUUUUAUGCUGUAGUACUCAAUAUAGAUCUACAAAAGUAUAAUACUUAAAUAUAAGAUGACUGCAGUUUUAGUAUCCAACCAUCUUACAGUCUAUUUAUUGGAUGUAAUAUCCACUCAAAUAUUUUUAAUAAUAAAGAUUUUGCCCUGGAGGUAAAUGGAACUCAUUAAUUUAGGUGAUUAAAACAAAGAAGGAGGAAAGGGCUUUGCUGCAAAACUAAUACAACUCCUUUCAGUGGUGAUGUUUACUGGGUCAAAUUGGCCCGAAGGCUUUGACUGAACAGAUCAAUUGGUGUGAAUGCAGACUAGAUCAAUAGUUGUACAAGCAAAUAUUGUUAAAUGUAAUUUAUACUAUUUUAAUCAUAACUUAACUACAAGUUGAUAAAAUAGAUAAUAGUAAAAAUGGACGUCUGGAAUAAAAAACAAAGAUUGUUGAAAAUAUCGCAGAUUAACCCAAACACGAAAGAGGAAAAUAGGCCUUUGAAGAUACCAGGUCUUCCCUAUUCUCUCAGGUUCAGCAUUCCUUGUCAGUUCUGAAAGCAAAACCUGUGUCCUAUCAGGGGUAUGUUGUACAGUUCAAUAUCUAUUUAUAUAACUAGCAUGGCCCAGGGAUUGUGAUGCUAAGUCCUCUCGUGUGUAUCGUAUUCUGCAGUAUCGCACAUGCCAAUAUUCUUUUCUCCUGUCUUCUGAACUACAGACUGAUAAGUAUGCUAAUAGGUUAGAGUCAGUUAUUAAAUAGCAGUCUGGCUUUAUUUUUACAUUAAAGGCAAAUAUCAUAUUACUGAUAUGGUAUUAACAUUAAUUUGUCUUUUUUCUCACUUAGUAACAUCGAGUGAACCUCCAAUUUACCGAUCAACAUUACUAAAAAGAUUCCAGCAGUAUUUUACAGUAUUUUGCUUUUCUAAUAUUGUUUUUCCAUCAUUAUAGUUAUUGUACCUACCUGAAAAAGUUGAUCUACCCCUAACUAUUUCAAACUUAUUUUGGAAUAGAAAAUUCUGAAAGCUUCAUUUCGAUUUCUCCUCUUCUUCCAAAUGUCCAGGACUGGCUCAUUCAGACAUCAAUCAAAAAUAUUUUAUUGGCAUGGUUCCUGUACCAGUUAAGUUGCUUCUCUUAGCCACCUAUUGUGCCCAAUUCAUAAGUGCAAUCCAACAUUAGAGGUGAAAGUAUUUCUCGAGCUUUUGGAAUACGUAUGUAAGUAACUCAUUCAUCUGACUAAAAUGUGAAGUUAUUCAUCAAUUUACAAAAGGAACAUAUUCCUGUAAAUGGUUAAAGGGAAACUUUAUAAAUCAGAAAGGUUAAACAACUACAGUACAGUGUGGGCAUUCUAGUGUCGUGUAUUUCUAUGAACUGACACACUAUUUGUUACAGCAAAAAAAAGUUUAAUAAAUUGACAAUGCAUACCACAUUAUACUGUAAGUAAAAUUUUCAAAAAUCAAUGAAUUACUUCAUUAACUAUAUUAACAACCACAUGACAAAAAUAUUUCCCUUUGGAAGAGUUGGUCAAACUCUCGAUUUUUUUCUUUCAACAUUCUGCUUUUAAAAGCACAGAUUCUUUGAAGAUUAGGGCUUGACACAUUUGACUAUCAAACAUGUUGUAAUUUAAACCCAAAUCAUAUUUCAAACUGAUUAUGAUCUUAAUUCAUAACAUAUUAUAAACUUCAUCAACAGUAUGUGACUUUUGGAUGCUGACUGACCAGCAUGAAUACAAUUUUCUCACUUCAGUUGACAAUAUUUGGUAAGUGGUUAGAUUGAUAUUAUGUUGCUGGAACGUUUUAUCAGGCUUCUUUUCAUCAUUAAUCUCAAUUCAAGAGAAAUUACUUUGUGUAUGAGACAGCUAAGCCUUGACUUUGAUUUUUUUUUGACUUCUUAAAAUGCCUUAAAUUUUAAGACAAUUUAAUACAAGUAGAUUUAAAUUAACUCAACUCACAGGAAGUAUAACAAUUGUUAAAACUGAUGGUCUAAUAAAAACAUGAAGUCCAACUAUAGGUCAGAUCCCUAGUUUAAUGCCCCGUAGAUUUAGGAAUAUUUCCAAUCUACAUCAAUAAAUACAAAUAAUCUCACAACUCAAAAAUCUGUUCCACCUUGUGCAUCAUUGAAAUUUAACUAUUUUUGCAUAUUUUGUCUGCCAUGAAUAUUUAUUGUUCUUAUUGUGUUCAAAUUGAUCAUUAAAUAAGUCAUCGUUCCUUGAUCUGGACAAUAUGUUAGAAAUUUGUUAUGAAGGCUUGUGAUAUGUCAUGUAUUUUAGUUAGGUUAUUCUGUUAGAAUGUUUCAGUUAGACAUAAAUAAUACCAUAUACACCUUACACUCUAUCGUUUACAGAUACAAUGUUUGUAUGAGUCAGAGAAGGAGAAAUGAGAGAGUAUUUCCCUCUUACAUGUUGACCUUCUUAUUAACACUGAUGAAAUGGCUGGAAUAGCAGGAAUCAAUGCUACAUGCACUCUUGGGCUACAAUGUAGGUGUUCCUUGUGUAUUCAGUGAAUGUGCCAAUGCAUAUUCAUUGCACUGGUGGAAACUCACCUCAAAUAUUUGCCUUAAAAUGUUAAAAGUUCAAAGAUUACAACUUGGUAACAUAUCUGAUGUCCUAAAACGCCAGCAGUCUGAAGAGUAUAUUUUUCACAUUCGGAAAAUCAGCUGGUGAACAGCAAGAUGCAUUUCUAUAAAUGUCACAAAGCACAUCAAAGCCAUUAAAACCUCAGGCUGAAAAUACUCACAGAUAUAAUUGAGGUCUUGAAAGCUUUAGAAGAAGCUUGUGUUUGACAUAAGGGGAAACAUUCUGUAUUCAUUUGCAAAAUAAUCCAAAAUAUUCUCAAUUACUCUGUGAUUUUACCGAAUUUCUACAUUCGCUCCUUGGAAUACAGCAGAUGAAGAGAGGAAAUCCCACAGAAUUUCUCACUUAUUUGAAAAUACGGAAAUUCCACAAGAUGUGCUUCUCUUUAACAGUAUAUGCCUCUUAUGCAAAAACAGAUAGUUUAUGUAAAUAAUUACCAAAACUCCACACCAUCUUGUAUUAGUAGAUAUUAUUAAAAGGUGAAAAUGUUCAUUUUUAUAUGUUGUUUGCUUUACAAAUUCCAGAACUAAGCCUUUGGUUAUCACAAAAAUGAUUCCAAUUGUUUUUCUUCUUAACUGGAUAAACUGCCAAUGCUUUAGAAAUUGAUUUUCUAAAUAUAUUAAUUGUUGCAUUUUAAGCUGUAAGGCAAGAUUAAAUUAGUGUAAUAAUGCUUUAAUAUAAUUUUGUCAAAUUGGUCAUUCUCUAUUAUUGUGCCACAUAAAGUACAACAUAAAAAUACAUCAGUCAGACAAUGUAGUAUUAAUUCCAAAUUAUUUACAGGUCUUCAAAGGACUUCUAUCAACAAAUUUAAGUUUUGAUAUGUUAUGCAUAUUUAUAAUCAAUGAAAUGGCUUUUUAACUGAGAAUGAUCCAUAUGGCACUAUGCAUUACUUGUGUGUGAGAAGACUAUUCUGGCCAGGCUUUUACUCAAGACUUUCCAGCAGUAUUACGUAGAAGAUAUAUGUAUCUUGUGUACAGCAAUCUUUCUAAUGCAAUCUUCUUUAGUCAGUAUGCAGUUGAUUAUAUCUUGUAGUAACUCUGUUUAAUUUAGUCGGAAGCAGCAUUUUGAUGAUGAAACAGUACUGUUACAAGCCCAUAACACAUAUAUGCAGCUGAAAAUUUGCUGUUUUACAUUGAUUUGUGCAAAUUGCAAGAUUUUUAAUGUGCUUGAAAUAUUUUUUGGGGCAUUCUAUUGCAUUUGAUGUCAUUUUUAUUGCAUUGACCACCUUUCUCUGAAGUAACUUUCUAUUCUACCGCCAUGCUGGCUGCCUACCUGCACUCAUUAAAUGGAAUAUCAAGGGAUGCCAGAUAUUGGUGUGUGUUUCUUGUUUUGGUGCAUGAAUCAGGAGCUCAUCCACGGCUGUAAGCUACAGAAGUAUGAAAGCAGCUACAAACGUUAUUAUGUUAUCUAUAAUCAAAAAUAAAAACUACAAAAUUAGAUCA